AUGGCUACCAUAUCACUGUUACACCUACGUCUGCUCUUCACAUUGUGGUGCUAUCAUUUUAUUGGAAAUUGUAAAGGUGAUGUAUACAGAAACUUUACGUGUGUUACCUUCAACUGGGACGAAUAUAUUACAUGCUCAUGGACCGUAUCAUCAUCGUAUCACCACCCAGCCUACUAUACAACAGUCACAUGGCGAUUGCCUCCAUUUGCUUGGUAUUUUUGUCCGAAACUGACCUCAAACACUUGUACGUGGUCCUUGGGAGGGAAUGGCAGGACGAUGGAUGUGGAUCCGCACCAAUCCAUACGUGUCUGUCUUAUUCUUAAGAAAGACAAUGCGACGGUAUCAUCAGAGUGUCAUAAUGUCAGCAUUGAGAACAAAGUUAAACCUGCUACGGUCACUGAUUUAAUAGUGAUACCCCAACACCCAAACUGCAUUUUUGCUCAAUGGACACACGAAGAAGUAGAGCGCACUAAAAAGUACUAUAUAGAAAUAUCAUCGGCAGGACUUAGCACUAUAAAAAAGAAUUUGCAAGAGGAAUCAUUUUAUGACUACUAUGAUUCGCCAGAGUUUGAGAGUGGAACUAACUUUACCAUAUGUAAUCUAUUGUACUACGUCAACUACACAGUAUCCGUGACAGUCAGCGCUUUGGAUGAUGACCUCAAGGAAAUUGGUUACCAAAGUGAUCCGCUAUUCACCAAUGUAGUGACGAUGAAAUCGGUUCCAUCGGGUCCACCAUACCUGCAUCCAGGAGGGUAUACAUUGUCUGCUGUGAAUAGUGAAGGGUAUAGAAUGGUCAGAGUUUAUUGGGAGGCACUUCCUAAUUACAAAUGGAAUGGAGAAAAUAAAACGUAUGAAUUUGAAGCUCUUCCAAUCGAUGGGUGUGGAUCACGGACCAUGCGACUGAGUGUUAUCGAAACAUGGGCGGAAUUCGAUAUUUUGUACACAUGCAACUAUAAUAUCAGAGUGUGGACAAGGAAUGAAAGAGGGAGGUCAAAAGAAUCAGGUUUUCUUAGUCUGCAACAACACGUCUUGCCGCGUCCCCGGGAACUGUUUAUGACAGAGGGAUACAGACAAGAUAUUAUGAAUAUCACUUGGCUGGAACCAAACGACAUCAGUUCGACCACAUUUCUAACAUAUACCGUAUACUGGUGCCCACAAUCACCAAGACUGUCAUGCGAGGGGUCUUUCAAAAGUAGAACAGUCGACUCUCCCGUUCCAUAUACGGACGGAUACUUCAGGACAAAUGUUAAAAUGGAUGGCUAUCCGAACGUCACGUAUAUAUACGGGGUAUCAACUGAUGGAAUGAUUAACGGAACUAUUGUUAGCAGCGGGUUUGCUUGGACGGAUUGCUCAUUGCUUUCUUCAGAUAAUUUGAAGCAACCAAAAAUAUCAUUUCAAGGAUUUCCCUCCGAACAGAGAGUUCGAGUUACUUGGAUAUACAUGAAUUGUGCUGAAACGAUAAUAAGAAAGAGUUAUAUUACACAUUUCGAUGUCACUAGCUGUUUGAUGGACAAUUGUAACGAAUUCACAGUAAAAGCCAAACAACUCUAUGUUGAUUUAUUCUCAAUCGCCGCCGGACAACAUGUGUGUGUGUCUAUAGCGGUACGCCUAAAUACAACGUCUGGACCACCGAGCGCCUCACGUUGUUACACACAGUCCUUACAAGAUACCUGGUAUCCCUGGCAAGUUGUGCUUGUUUCCCUUGUCAGUUUGUCAGGUGUUGUUCUAGUCGUUAUAGCAGUGGCCAUUUUUGUCUACGCAAUGAAAUGGUGGAGAAAGACAACAAAUGUCCAACUUCCAGAGGAGGAGAUCACAAUGUCAGCAAGGGGAUCUACAGUGACUACUGAGGCGUAUGUGAUGAUCGUCGACUCAUAG